UUCUGCCAACGGGAUGCCAAUCUCGACCCGACCCGACUCUCCUCCCCGCCACUGCCGCGCGUUCCCCCUUCCCCCUUCUCCCUGGGCUCUGCUCUGCAGCGAGUCAUGGAAGGAGGAUGGCCCGGACAACUCUGCUCCUCCAAUACACUCAGCGCCGCUUCUCCCACUCGUCGGCGAGGGGCUUCUCCUUCUUCCUCCUUCCUUCGACCCUAGCUCUCGUCACCUCCCUCCUCAUCCUCUUCUACGUCUUCACCACCUCCAGUCUCUUCUCCCACCACCAUCACCACCCCACGCAUCGCCUCCGCGUUCAGAGCCCCCCGCUCGACCUCAGGUCCCAAGCCAAUUUCACGUCUCCCCCGGCGAACCAGAGCGUUUCUUCACCGCUGAGAGUUGUACGGGAGGCCGGUAUUGCGAGUCAACGGCAUGGGAAUGGUCAGUUGGCCUCAGAUGGAAGCCACGCGAAUAACACUGAUGUGUUCCACGACAGGGACGAGUUCCUCGAAGACUAUAAACAGAUGAACCGGAGCUUUAGGAUAUACAUCUACCCUCACAGGCGGGAUGAUCCCUUCAGGAACGUCCUCGCGCCGGUAGACUUCGAGCCCGGCGGGAAUUACGCGAGCGAGAGUUAUUUCAAGAAGGUCCUCUUGAAGAGCCACUUCAUCACGAAGGAUCCCUUGAGGGCUGAUCUCUUCUACAUGCCUUUUUCCAUCGCGAGGCUGAGGCACGACCAGAGGGUCGGCGUGGGAGGGAUCCAGGACUUUAUCAAGGACUACAUCUAUAACAUCAGUCAUGAGUACCCUUAUUGGAAUCGCACUGGUGGGGCUGACCACUUUUAUGCUGCCUGUCAUUCAGUCGGGAGGUCGGCGAUGAACAAAGUGGAUAUGGUGAGGUGGAAUGCCAUUCAAGUGGUGUGCUCCUCGAGCUAUUUUAUUUCCGGGUACAUAGCUCACAAGGAUGCAUCUCUGCCUCAAAUUUGGCCGAGGCAUGGGGAUCCACCCAAUCUUACUUCAUUGAAAAGGAAAAAGCUCGCCUUCUUUGCCGGGGGAGUAAACUCCCCAGUACGGGAGAAGCUUCUUCAAGCAUGGAGUAACGACACAGAGAUCUUUGCCCACCAUGGCCGUCUGAAGACUCCUUACGCCGAUGAGCUACUCGGGAGCAAAUUCUGCCUCCAUGUCAAAGGUUAUGAAGUGAACACUGCCCGAAUUGCAGAUUCCCUGUACUAUGGCUGCAUCCCGGUAAUAAUCGCCAACCACUACGACCUUCCUUUCACAGACGUCUUGAACUGGAAGACCUUCUCGAUAGUCGUUGCUACUUUAGAUAUUCCAUUGCUAAAGAGAAUACUCAAGGAAGUAGAACAGGAACAAUUCUUGACAUUACAGGAAAAUGUAAUGAAGGUGCGGAGACAUUUCCAGUGGCACCUUUCCCCUGUCGAUUACGAUGCAUUUUACAUGGUUAUGUACGAGUUAUGGCUCCGAAGGAGUUCUGUUAGGAUUCCGUUUUAGCCCGUCCUAAUUCAUUUUGAUGUUUGUACAAUAGAGUAAAUCCCCGUGUUGUAGUUACAUCGGUUACUUCUGGUCUCUCGGUGUACAUCCGUUAUAUUCUCGGUAUUGCUGGGUGAAGAAAAUUUAGCUAUCA